UCAGUGGUUCUGAAUGAGAUGCCCCAGGUAAAAUCAUUUGUAUUUAAGGAAGCAGGUGUGUUAACAUUAACAUGAACAGAACAAUAGUGGAAUGAGAAGAAUGCAUCAGUUUAAAGGUUCAUUUAAUGGAAAGUAUGACCUUACCUGAACAGGUAUAGGCAGGUGAACAUGUUGAAACUCAUUUUGAAACUGAUCUAUUUUAAGGAUUGCGUGUGCGUAGAGUAUAAAAGGGGCACGUCUAUGGAAAAAAAAACAUUUAUGAAAAAGAAGUGUUUGUGUGUGCGUUUAUAAGUGCACAAGUGAAGACAAACUUCAGCAUUUUAUUCAUGCAUUUGCAUUUUGUGCACAAACUGAAAAACUGAUGUGAAAUUAUUUGACAGCCGGAUGCUGGUUCAUAUCCUUUUUCUUUGUUUUGUCUGAGUUGUGUGUGAAUAUAACGUGUAAAAACUCUAACAGUCUCCUUAAUCUAUGAAGAUUCUGUAAAGUUAUAUUAUGACCAAAUGGGGGAGAGUUUUUGGAGACCAAUGGGUCUUUGUACAGACUGACUCCACCCUCGGCUCCAAAUUCUGGGCACUGCUUUGUAUUUCUUGGAAGUGAAUUCUGCUGGUCUGGUGAUUAUAUGCUUGUUACGUGUGAAUCUUUUUUCUUUCUUUCUUCUUUUAGUUUUAUUUUUAAACACAAGAUCAUUACGCAGAAUAUGAAUAAAACCAGACUUAAGAUACUACAGAUCAUACUGAGAUAAUAAACUACCUAACAUUUACAUUUUUGUUUAAUAAAUGCUCACAGAUUUUAGCUUUAAUAUAAAUUUACAAGAUCAUUUAAAAGGAAAAAUAAUGCUAUAGGCAAAAAAAUAAUGACGAAGAAAGCACGUAUAAAACGUGUGUGUUGGGGUUUUUAAGUAUAUGUUCUGCAGCUAGGAGGCAGUAUUGGAUUAUUUUAACUCUGAUGGAUGGAAAAGUGGGAGAGAUGAAACACGAGCUCAUAAUCCUCAUUAAAUAGUUUAGUCAUUUUGAAAGUGAAAGUACUUUUAGUCUUUAAAUGCUUUCGCGCCCUGCAGAAGAAUCAUUGGGAUCUUAAACCUCCGCAUGGUGAAGACAAACAGAGCUGGAUGAUGGGUGCUGUUAAUGUUGUACUACUGGUCCUGCUGGUUUGGACUUUCACUGCUGUCUGUGAGGCUGAUGAUGAUAUCACAAGUAAAUGUGAAGAUGUGACUGAUCCUGUGGGAAAUGAAAUAAAUCUCAACUGCACAGUCUCUAGUCUAAACCAAAACUGCUACACGACCAUGUACAAGUUUACUGAUACAGCAGCUGGUGAUGUUAUCUGUAAAGAGCAGUUCAGCAAGGAACUCAGUAAACAAGAGAGCAGAGUUUCAUGUCCUUACACUGCAAAAAAACCCAUGACAAAAUUUAAAUUCUAUUUACAAACCACAUGUGGAGCAAAGACAACAGAAUUCAGUGUGAAGAUAACAGAUGUCAUAAUUAACUGUGAAGAUGUGACUGCACGUGUGGGAGAUGAAAUAACUCUCAACUGCACAGUCUCUUAUCUGAACAAAAAAUGCUGCGUGAUGAUGUACAAGUUUAUUAAUACAGCAGCAGGUGAUGACCCAACAAUCUGUAGAGAGGAGUUCAGAAGUGAUUCCUGUAAACAAGAGAGCAGAUUUUCAUGUCCUUAUAAAGCCAUGAGAGCAAAAUUAAAAUUCUUUUUGCAAACCAACUGUGGAUCACACACAACAUUAUUCACUGUAAAUGAAGCAGGUGCUUUUAAAGUUUUCACAGAUAAACCUUCAGAGGAACCUCCUGCGCAAACAACAGAUAAAACAACGAUUGCUGUCAUCAUUUGUCUCUUGAGCUGUUUUGUCAUUGUGAUCGUGGCAUUGUUUCUCUGGAAAAGACGGAAGACGUCUAGAUCUCCACCAGAUUAUAAUAUGGCUGCAAAUAACAUCAAUGAACAUUCAGAUAGAGAAGCAUUGUAACAACAGCAUCACAUCAAGCUAACAUUUAUGUUGCAGGAUUAUGAGUCUUUGAUUGGAUGGUUUAAAAGGACUAAAGCUCCGUUUUCUGUUUUGUAUUUCUAUGAAAUAUGAUUGUUAUUGAUCUGUUUUAUCAGAUUGUAAUGUAUAUACAACUUAAAUGUCAAAUGACUUGUAGUUUUUUUUUUGCAUAUUUAUAUGUUAAAAAAAAUCAUUUUAAAAUCAACACUUGGCCUGUAUAAAUUUAUUAAGAUGCACAGACCAAACUAUGUUUGCUUGUAAUUCAUUCGAUGCUUUAUUCUCUGCAUUUGGCGUUGGUAAUGUUAACGUCUGUUUUUGAAACUUUGUACCGAAAUGUCUCUCAUGAUUAUAUUGCCUAACUGCAGUUUUUUUGUGAUAUAAAGUUUAUUUAUAUACUCUAUAA